AUGAAAUUGACCCGCUCCCGAAGCUACGAAGUAGUGCGCCAAAGUGAAGAUGGAUCUGAAAAAUCAAGUCCAGCUGUUCAGUCUCUCUCAACAUCCUUCUUGUACAUGGGGUGGGUGUUCGCUGUUCUUUUUGCAUUCAUCAAUGGAGUCCAGAUUCUUUUGCAAUCCAAGCAACACAAGAGCCGCGAUCUUGGUUCUGGUUCAUUCGGUACUGGAUUUAGUACUGAGUUUGACCCAUCAAAGCCUUAUGUCCGACAAGAAUCGAAAAUGUUCUAUGGAGGACCUCGCUGGUACGAUAAUGGUACUGGGUACAUAGUCCACAAUCCAUCCGAGCCAAGAUACGUCGGACCGCCUACAGACGAAGUGGACGCGGCGUGGAAGGAGUUGGUCAAAGGUCGAUAUUUCAACGUCACCGAAGAGGAGGCCGAGAUCGCAUUCGGAACGCCUCACGGACUUUACAAUCACCCUGGUCUUGGCUACCUCGUGGGACUGGAUGUCUACCAUGCUCUUCAUUGCGUCGACGAGAUCAGAAAAGCUUUGGACAAGGACUUCUAUUACAACAAAAAGACGAAACAUGCCUAUCCAGACAGAGCACACCGCGAUCAUUGCCUAGAUCACCUUAGACAGCAGCUAAUGUGCCAUGCUGAUCUUACACCAAUACCAGUCAUAUGGUAUGAAGGGCAUGGGAGAAGUUUUGUCCAGUCGGAUGUUGUACAUACUUGCCGGAAUUGGGAUAUGCUUCAGGAAUUCAAGGACUCGAGGAUUGUCGAGACGGUGUUUUAA